UCAAGUGUUUUGUUCACGCGGAGCUCCAGUUUCAUUCUGACAGCAGAUGAGGAAGUCAAACUCUGUCCGAGACCGAGGUCCUCUUUCAACGAGUAAGAACAGGAAUGGAUUUUGUGAGAGAAAUUGAUCAGGAUUAACUCACAUGUUCCUGGUUUUGGAAGGAUGACACCAAAUCUUUAAGGAUUAAACACACCGUCAUUUUCUAAGACAACCUUGGCAUUAAGUCACUUCUGGACCCUAAUCUUACUGGAUUACGCACCUCAUCUGUCUAAUGUUUCCACCACUGAGCUUCAGCACGAGAUGGUGUGCUGGGAAUUUGGCUGUUUGACAGAGACUCGACAGAAAUGUCGAAGUCAAGCGGACAGGGGAUGUGCAACAGCGAACUUCCCCGGUUCCUUAUUGGAAGUGAGGGUGGUGAAAGCAGAGAGCUGGAUGACAUAGACAUGAGGAAGAUCUCAGGACAUUACAGGGAGGAGGAGGAGGAGGAUGAGGAUCAGUCAGAGCGUCAGAUUAUGGUGGGGAUCUGCUCCAUGAUGAAGAAAUCGAAAUCCAAACCAAUGACUGAGAUUCUGGAAAGGCUCUGUAAGUUUGAGUACAUCACCGUGGACAUUUUUCCAGAGGAGGUUAUACUCAAUGAACCGGUGGAGAAGUGGCCGUUGUGUGACUGCCUCAUUUCCUUCCAUUCCAAAGGAUUUCCCCUUGACAAAGCAGUAAGUUAUGCCAAACUAAGAAACCCCCUCCUUAUCAACGACCUCAAUAUGCAGUAUUUCAUUCAAGACAGGAGGGAAGUGUACAGGAUUCUACAGGAAGAGGGCAUUGACCUUCCACGCUAUGCAGUGUUGAACCGGGACCCCGACAGACCAGAGGAAUGUAACCUGGUGGAGAGCGAGGACCAUGUGGAAGUGAACGGGGAAGUGUUUCACAAACCCUUUGUGGAGAAGCCCGUCUCUGCCGAGGACCACAAUGUCUACAUCUAUUACCCAACCUCAGCCGGCGGUGGCAGCCAGCGUCUCUUCAGAAAGAUCGGCAGUCGGAGCAGUGUGUAUUCUCCUGAAAGUACCGUUCGUAAGACUGGAUCUUACAUCUACGAGGAGUUCAUGCCCACAGAUGGCACUGAUGUUAAGGUUUACACAGUCGGACCUGAUUACGCUCAUGCCGAAGCCCGUAAGUCUCCUGCUCUGGAUGGGAAAGUGGAGAGAGACAGUGAGGGGAAGGAGAUCCGCUAUCCUGUGAUGCUCACCGCGAUGGAGAAGCUUGUGGCCAGAAAAGUGUGUCUUGCAUUUAAGCAAACAGUCUGUGGUUUUGACCUCCUCCGAGCAAAUGGCCACUCUUUUGUUUGUGACGUUAAUGGCUUCAGCUUUGUAAAGAACUCCAUGAAGUAUUAUGAUGAUUGUGCCAAAGUUCUGGGGAACAUGGUGAUGCGAGAGCUGGCUCCUCAGCUCCACAUUCCCUGGUCGAUCCCCAUGGAAGCAGAGGACAUCCCUAUCGUCCCGACUACCUCAGGAACCAUGAUGGAGCUCCGUUGUGUUAUUGCUGUAAUUCGCCAUGGCGACCGUACGCCCAAACAGAAGAUGAAGAUGGAGGUCAGGAACGCCCUGUUUUUUGAGUUGUUUGAGAAAUAUGGUGGCUAUAAGUCUGGAAAACUCAAGCUGAAGAAACCAAAACAGCUCCAGGAAGUGCUGGAUAUUGCUCGUCAGCUGUUGGCAGAACUGGUCCUACAUAAUGAUUGUGAGAUUGAAGAGAAGAAAUCCAAACUAGAACAACUGAAGACAGUUCUGGAGAUGUAUGGCCAUUUCUCAGGGAUCAACAGGAAGGUGCAGCUGACCUACCUGCCAAAUGGGCAGCCCAAAGCAUCCAGUGAGGAGGAAGACGCUCUGAAGGAGGGCCCGUCUCUACUGCUAGUGCUGAAGUGGGGUGGUGAGCUGACGCCAGCGGGUAGAGUUCAGGCUGAGGAGCUUGGACGAGCCUUUCGUUGCAUGUACCCUGGAGGACAAGGCGACUAUGCCGGCUUCCCUGGUUGUGGCCUUCUCCGUUUACACAGCACUUACCGCCAUGACCUCAAAAUUUACGCAUCAGAUGAGGGUCGUGUGCAGAUGACUGCGGCGGCUUUUGCAAAGGGUCUGUUAGCACUGGAAGGAGAGUUGACUCCAAUCCUCGUUCAGAUGGUGAAGAGUGCCAACAUGAACGGACUGCUGGACAGCGACAGCGACUCUCUCACUGACUGCCAGCAGAGAGUCAAAGCUCGAUUACAUGAGAUCAUGCAGAAGAACAAAGACUUCAAUGAGGAGGACUACAGCAAGUUGGCUUCAACAGGCAGCCCAUCUCUGGUGAACUCUAUGGAGGUAAUCGUCAAUCCAGUCAGUACUUGUGAUCGAGUUCACACACUCAUUAAAAGCCUUACGUGUCAGAUCUGUAAAAGGCUGGAAGACCCCAAAUCUGCAGAUCUACAGCUAUACCACAGUGAGACUCUGGAGCUCAUGCUGCAGCGCUGGUCCAAACUGGAGCGUGACUUCCGCAUGAAAAACGGCCGCUAUGACAUCAGUAAGAUCCCAGACAUCUAUGACUGUGUGAAAUAUGACACCCAACACAAUUCUUCUCUGGGGCUGGAGGACACGCUGGAGCUUUUCCGUCUGUCCAGAGCACUUGCAGACAUCAUUAUCCCACAGGAGUAUGGAAUCAAUAAAGCAGAGAAGCUGGAUAUCGCCAGUGCCUACUGCCUGCCUCUGGUCAAGAAGAUUCAGCUGGAUCUUCAGAGAACACAUGAGGACGAGGCCGUCAACAAGCUGCAUCCACUAUACUAUAACCACGAGAAGCAGACAAACCCAGGCAGUCUUGAAGACCUUUCCCAAGACGAGCCCGACAGAGCCGCACUGACUGAGCCAAUCAGCAUUCAGAGGAAGUCGCCACUCAUACGAGGCCGAAAGGCUGGAUCUAUGGAGGCUCUUUCAGAGAGCAACACUUCUUCUCGAGGGCUGGCGUAUCGCAUCUUCCCAUCGUCUUCUCGUCAGUCACCUGAGAUCAAACCCAGCGGGCUAGGCGCCCAGUGUGCGGGCCUCUUCAGCGCCUCCUUCCCCAACCUGAGAGACCUAUCACGAGUUCCCCGCAAAAAGCUUUCCUCGCUCAGGAAUCGGUCUUCUCAAACCGGUAUGUCCCAAACACACACACACACACACACACACAUAGGAUUACUGUUUCCUUUCCAUCUUUUUCUCUGUCUUCCCAGAAUUGCUGUCCCUGGACAUUUGAUAUCCCUCUCUGUUGCUAACCUUCACCUCUUGCAUCCAUUCAGUCCUUUUUGUCCUCAUCAUUCUCUCUCUCCUGUAGCGCUCUUAAAUGAGCAUCAGGUGGUAAAGCUGUUAGCUGGGCUCCACCACCUACACCGCUGCUCCUACCACCUCCGCCUGCUCCUUGCUGGCCAGAAACCCCCAGAAUGCCUCUCUGGGUUUGAAGGUUGCUCCUUGGUGCCCUCCAUCUAUCCACUGGAGACACUGCACAACUCGCUGUCCCUCAAGCAGGUGGAUGAGUUCCUCACUACGUUGUGUAAAAACGGGAGCGAGACACAAUUCAAGAGGCUCAAAUCCCUGUCUGCCAUGUUUGAGUCACACUCCCAGCCAUCCUUAGAUGUUGAUAAUCAGGAGACACCAAUAUCAACCCCGGUCCGGAACCAACCAGCUUCACAGUCUCUCUGGUACGCCAGCGGCCCUCCCAGUACCGUAUCCAGUGCCGGGCCCUCGUCUCCAUCUGUACCAGAGCCCUCAUCCAACUUCAGAUUCAACAGCGAAGCCUCUUUGGCUGGAUUCAGCUGAUAGUUUGAUCUGUCAGCAAAUACAGCUCUGAAACCAGUAAUUAGCUCUUCCGCUGUACUUCUGAGCUCCGGUGGAGUUGGAUAGUAAUUAUGAUCCCAGAUUCAGCGGCAGAGAGACAGAGACAUUACAGACAAUAGUAAUUGUCUGUGCAUCUUUUUUUUUCCACCAUACAGAGUAAUGCAACUCAAAUAAAUACUCAAAGAAGCAUACAAGUCCACAUUAAAAAUGUAUUUAAUCAUUCAGAUCC